UGGGCCGCACGCAAAAAUGUCCCGGGGCGAGGAGCGCGGACUUAGUCAGGGCAGCAGAGGGUGUUUUUUAGAGGAAACAGAAGCGGCAGAGCUCUGUGAAGGAUAAAAAAAAACUGUAUACAUGGGAGGGGGGGUUAAAAAAUAUGUCGGCGUUUUGGGGGCUGAGGAGGAUUGUGGAAAAGCAAAGGGCGAGCGCUAGAAACGAGGCCCAACACUUUACCACGUAGGGGAGGGGAAGUAGAGGGCAGCUGUCCCCGCUUGAUUGAUUGACUGAAAAGGGGAGGAAUUUAGGAUCAACCGGGCUAGCAAUCCAAUACUUAAUAAUUUCUUUGCUGCCCAAUUAUUUCAUAUAGCUGACAAGAAAUAUAAUUUAAUUUUAAAUGCAUACUGUUAAGCGACCGACGCUGUCUUAUUAUUUGGUUGGCCACCAGUCCCUGCACUCUAUAAUGCCCCAGUGUUUGCAGCAUCUGCAGUGAACGUGAUGGCAGCCCACUCAGUCUCCAUAGAUAAGUACCCAAAGGGAGAGCAGCAGAUGCAAGGCAUCAUAAAGGUAGACAGUGAUUCGGAGCAGAAGUUUAUGGAGGGUACGUUGGGAGAGGUGCCCAGCCCGGCACCAACAGAGCCACAGACACCCAUGGACGCUGACAAGGCAUCCAUAUAUCGGCAUCCUCUGUUCCCUCUGUUGGCCCUGCUGUUUGAGAAGUGUGAGCAGUCCACGCUGAGCUCUGAUUGCAUCACCUCAGCGAGCUUUGAUGUGGACAUUGAGAAUUUUGUCCGUAAUCAAGAGAAGGAGGGGAAGCCUUUCUUCAGUGAAGACCCUGAACUUGACAACUUGAUGGUGAAAGCCAUCCAGGUGCUGCGGAUCCACCUGCUGGAGCUGGAGAAGGUGAGCGACCUGUGCAAGGACUUUUGCAGUCGCUACAUCGCCUGCCUCAAGACUAAGAUGAACAGUGAGACUCUGCUGAGUGGUGACCCGGGAAGCCCAUACUCGCCUGUACAAGGCCAGGCCCAGAGCUUCUCACCCACCAAGUCUCAGACCCCCAGCUCCAUAUCAGGGACCAUUAGUCCCCAGGGUCAAAUUGUAGUUCCAGCAUCGGCCCUGCAGCAAGGAAACGUUACUGUGACAACUGUCAACCCCACCCAGGUGGUCGCAGGUAUGUCAUCUUGGCGUACGACCCCUUCCUCAGGCGGGACUGUGUACCAGCCAGUCACAGUUGUAACUCCUCAGGGCCAGGUGGUAACACAGGCUCUUUCUCCCGGGACAAUACGCGUCCAGAACAAUCAGCUUCAGCUGCAGUUUCACCAGGAUUUGAACCUCUUUAGUCAUGAGGACAACUCAACCAAGAACAAGCGCGGCGUUCUUCCAAAGCAUGCCACAAAUGUCAUGCGCUCAUGGCUCUUCCAGCACAUCGGGCAUCCGUAUCCCACAGAGGAUGAAAAGAAGCAGAUUGCUACUCAAACAAACCUGACACUUCUGCAGGUCAACAACUGGUUUAUAAAUGCACGGAGACGGAUCCUGCAGCCCAUGUUGGAUGCCAGCUCUUCAGAGACACCCAAAGCCAAGAAAAAGACACCUCAAAACCGGCCACUGCAGCGCUUCUGGCCUGAUUCCAUCGCAGCAGGAGGAGGGGCCAUGCCUGAUGGUACAAUGGUGACGAUGAACAUGGAGGGUCUGCAGAGCCUGACAUCAGACGGUGCCACGCUGGCAGUACAGCAGGUGAUGCUGGGAGGCCACAGUGAAGACGAGUCGGGGGACAGCGGAGAUGAGGACAAUGACGCGGACAUGGCGGGGCUGGGCCUGGACAAUAGCAACUCAUUGCAGUAGAGGACAAGCACCGCCCACACGCAGAGGACACACAAAAUGAGUUCGACAGAACAGAGGUGCGUCCGUUUGAUUUCCACAGAGCACAGGACACACUGGGAUGGACCCUGCACUCUUCCAAGCCUCCACCCUGCUGAACGGCGGUUGUUGCUGCACGUGUAUGUCAGGAGUGUCAUUUCACAAACAGUUUUUUAUUGUAUAAAUGAUGUAGGUGAGUGCACUUUUUGUAUAUUUAAGCUCAAAAAGAUGAAAUCAAACUGAAAAAAACAAGUGUUAAAAACACCUGAGACAAGUUUGUAUACUCCGUUAAUAAACGUUGACUUUUUUUGUCCCCGCCCCCGUCCCCCCCUGCUCCCAGCUAGAUUGUCAUUUUGGAUGAGACCACUUCUGUCUUGUUCUUGUGUCUCUGGUUUGUCUUGACUUUUGCAUGCUUGUGUUUUAAGUAGACGUGUGUGCUCUUAUGACUGACUCCAUGGCUCACACUGCCCCCUGCAGGCAGAGUAGAGCACAGGUGGAGAGAUUAAAAGUAAAUUAGAGGAGAGAUGCUUAUUUUUCUAUACAAACAUAUGAAAUGAGUGUUUUUUUUGUUUGUUUGUUUUUUGGUUUCAUUUUUGUGUUCUCCUGUUUUGUAAGAAAUAUUUAUGUACAGAUUCAUAAUAAAUGCUGUGACCCUGUUUUCCAGGGUUCUUUUGAAGUUUUCUAAAAAACAGAAAAAGGAAUUGAAUGCUGAUGAAAAUUACUAUUUAAAUUGGUUUUAAGCUUAAAAUAUUAACAAGGCCUUAUCUGUGUUCUUUUCUAAAAUAAAUCUUACCAAGAAGCACAAAAAGGAAGUAUGACCCUUGGAGAAAUUGGCCAAAAAGACACUAAACAGUGGAACACUUGUGGCUCCUUAAAGCAUAUUUUUACUUUGUGUACUGCAGUAUCACAGGAACCCUCUCCAGCAGCAAAGCAACUGCAGCGUUCCAGUCUUUGUUUGGCCCACAAUGUGUAUACCAUACAUUGUCUUUUAACCAUUUUACAGUAGUAGCAUAGGUGUCACUUUCUAAAAUGCACAAUCCAGAACACUAUGCUAACCACACAAUCAGGAGGGGUUACGGACUCCAUCAAUAAGAAGCAGUGGACUUUUUGCACGCAUUUAGCUUUUAUUUUAUGUACACGCUACAUACAUGCUGUUGCAUUGAAAACAGAGCAGCUGGAAACUUGGAGUCAUUGCCCUCCUGAAGGAAUGAUCCCCAAGGGCUGCAGCUGCGACCAUGACCCCCCGCCCCACUACACACACACACACACACACACACACACACACACACACACACACACACACACAGUGAAGGAUCUGAAAGCUCCAUCAGUUUGACAUUACUGCACAUAAUGGGGUGCCUCUUGUUUAAAUAACUGUAAUGCUGUACUGUAAAACAGUUGUUUGUAAGUAGUUGCAGUAACUUGCUUUUUAUCCUUCUUGUAAAGUUAACUUUGUUCAUUUGAUUCAGCCUGAGGGUUUAAUGGCUACGCGUUGCCCUCGCUGAACUCUGUCACCUCUGUCUAGCUUUUUAUGAAGCAUUCACUUUUCUCUUGUACUUCUCGCUCGUCUGUUUUGCCUUAGAGCUUUCUAUUUUGGAAUAAAUGAUGCCUAACUCUGC